AUGGAUAGUCAGGUAACAUAUGCUGACUUAAAAGUAUCCAAAGAGUUUACCUUGGAAAGUUCAUCACCCCCACCUCUUCUUCAGGAUGUUUGUCAGGGUCCACGCUGGCAUCAAUUUGCGCUGAAACUUGCCUGUUCUGGGAUUAUUCUCUUUGCCUUGGUUGUGAUAGGGCUGAGUGUCUCAGUGAUAUUAUUAAGUCAAAAAUCAACAGUAGUAAAAUGUGAUGUGAAUACUAAUGAACAGUCCAGGAGUUCUCAAGAGGAUAGGAAUGCAACAGCAGACAUAACAGGGCCAUUAAAGUGCCCAGUGCACUGGGAACCACACCAAGAGAAAUGCUUGUUUUUUUCUCACAUUUCAAACUCCUGGAACAACAGUUUAACAGAUUGUUACUCAAAAGAAUCCAGCUUGCUACUUAUUCAAGAUAAAGAAGAAUUGGGAUACAUCCAGAGCCGGAUAUCGACUGGAGGAAUUCUAUAUUGGAUUGGAUUAAAUUUAACAUUAUCAGAGAUGAAAUGGAAGUGGAUAAAUGGCUCUUUUUUAAAUUCUGAUGUAUUGAAAAUUGAUGGUAAUGAUGAUAAAAGCAGCUGUGUUUACAUCUCAAAAAGAAAAAUUUUUUCUGAAGAUUGUCAAUUGGAAAAUAAAUGGAUCUGCCAGAAAGAACUAGAACCUCGCAGAAAGAGAUUGUUCUGA